UCCUCGGCGCACAGUGUUCAGCAUUGUCCCACCGGCCGACAGAGCGGCCACCGUCCCCUCGCCAGCACCAUGCAGUUCACACUUGUCCUCGUCCUGUGCAUUCUGCCAGCGGCAGUCUACACAUGGAACCAGAACUGCAUCACCAAGCCCGUCGGCUUCGGCUACAAGACCACUGGCGGACAGGGGGGUAAGACUGUGAAGCCGAAGAACACGGCGGAGCUCACGAACUACCUCAAGAGCGGCGAGAAGCUCAUCAUUGACCUCACCACCACGUUCGACUACACCAAGUCGGAGGGUACGGCCGUGAGCACCGGCUGCUUCUUCUUGAAGUGCGGCUCCGGCUUCCAGGAGUCGCUGGCGAACGCGGGCACGUGCAACGGCAGGUCGCCCACCAAGGUCACGUACUACAAGGCUGGCCUGACCCAGCUCAUCGUCGGCUCGAACAAGUCCAUCAUCAGCUCAAACGGAAAGGGCGCUAUCAAGGGCAAGGGACUCCGGAUUAAAAACGCCAAGAACGUCAUCAUCCAGGGCAUCACCAUCAGCGACAUCAACCCUCAUGUCAUUUGGGCCGGUGACGCGCUCUCCUUCGACAACGUGGAGAACGUCUGGGUGCACAAGUGCACCAUCGCGCGCAUUGGGCGUCAGCACCUGGUGAGCUACCAGAAGACUAACAAGGGCAUCACCGUGUCCUCCUGCUACUUUGACGGCACCACGCCGAGCUCAGCGUACUGCGACGGCAAACAAUAUUGGAUCUGGCUGUUCUGGGGCACCCACGACGAGAUCACCCUCAUCAACAACCACGUCGCCAACACCGCGGGCAGGACCCCCCACGCCGGCGGCUGGAGCAAGUCCCGGAACUACGUCCACCUUGUUGGCAACUCCAUGGACAACAAUAAGCACGGAGGAAUCGAGCCCUGGACCGGCUCUUACAUUCUCAGUGAGGGCAACAAGUGGACUUCCUUCACCCGCCCCAUCAACAUCCAUGCUAAAGGUGGCCAUCUCGCAAUGGUCAACGACGCCAAUGGUGCUUCGCAGUGCAAGAAGUACUUGGGCGCCAAGUGUCUCGUCAACAAGUACGACAACAAGUCCAAGUCCAAGACCUGGUUCGACGUGGUCGUCCUGAGCCAGUUUAGCAAGCUCGACAAGAGGGCCAUCAGCAGUGCUCGCAACGCGGUUUGCGUAUAACAUUUGAAUGCAAAAUGAAUAAAAUUUCAUCUCUUUAUCGACA